AUGGGCCCGGAUUCCAUUCAGCACAUCGCAAUGAAUCUCAAUGGGCUGUCCUGGCCUACAAAGCACCUUCAUGCGAGCACUAGGAACGGAUCGACAUGGGGCUAUGUCAUUUAUCGCACCACAUAUACUCCCUAUUCCAACGCCGCAUUCCUCCGACUUAUCGAUCUUCUCAACUCCUACAUGAAGCAUGGAUUAUACUCUGAAUGCUCCUCAGAAAACAAUACCCCAAUGGAUACAGACCUCACUUUACAUCACGAAAUCUGGGCCCAGCACCAUUCAAUCAUCAUGAACAAUCCAAAAUUUGACGGCGCUUCAAUAGACUCAAUUCGCGCUCAUUUCCAACGCUGGGUUGAUGUGCAAGAGUAUCAAGGUCACUGUACUCAGUAUCGCAUGUGUAUGGUGAUCGACGAAGAGUCCUUACAGACGUUGCUGGAUGCUCCGCCGCCCCAAGAGGGCUCGGAUGAAAAGGUCAUUGAUCCGGUGCGACACGUGAAGGUGGUAAGACUACUUCCGGAUAGCGAGGAUGAGUUUGAUGGUUUCUUGGGUGGAUAG